ACGCCUCGGGAUCCCCCCGGAAGAGAUGGAUGAAGUGGCUGGGGAGAGGGAAGUCUGGGCGUCCCUGCUAAAGCUACUGCCCCCGCAACCCGACCUCGGAUAAGCGUUAGAAAAUGGAUGCAUGGAUGGAAUUUCAGACAAAACGCGAGCAGGAAAUGUGAUUAUUCACAUGUGACAUAUAAGAAAAUCCGCUUGGUGACGCUAGUGUUUACGAAAUAAAGAAUUGUGUUUAUUGUGGAACUCUAUUAUCAUUUAGGUUUACAUUUCAUUUUUGAAAAUAUAUUUCCCCUUAGCUGUAGCAUACACGGAGUGUUAUUGAUCAGCAAAAACUUUGUUUCAUUCUUAAUAAUGGCUUCUUUCCGCUGGUGUCCUGGCCUCAAGGAAAGUAAACUAAACAGGCGGACCGAUAGUAUUAGUUUGUGUGGCUUCGGAUUUAUUGUUCGGUGCACAUGACACAGGAACCGGAAUUGAAGAGCUCAUUGGACUCGUGGGUGUUCGUGUUUACAACUAAAUAGUGGAUUAAGUCAUUUAAACAAUUCACUUGGAAUAUUUGCGACUCCACAGCGUGGCAUGUCGGACAACGAAGAUAACUUUGACGAUGGAGAUUUUGAUGAUGCCGAAGAGGAUGAAGGAUUAGAUGAUUUGGAAAACGCGGAAGAUGAAGAUCAGAAGAAUGUUCAGAUCCUCCCGGCAGGCGAGGGCCAGCAGGCCAACCAGAAGAGGAUAACAACAUCAUACAUGACAAAAUAUGAGCGAGCAAGAGUUUUGGGAACUAGAGCUCUCCAGAUAGCGAUGUGCGCGCCAGUCAUGGUGGAGCUGGAAGGUGAAACUGACCCUUUACAAAUUGCUAUGAAGGAGCUCAAGUGUGGAAAGAUCCCUAUAAUCAUCCGCCGCUACCUUCCAGAUGGAAGUUAUGAAGACUGGGGCUGCGACGAGCUCAUCAUUAGUGAUUAAGUCACUUCUGCAGUCUGAAAGCCACUCUUCUAUUGGCAGAUGCACACUGGAGAUGCUGUUGGACUGUCUAGACUAUAAAAUGACAAUGUAUCAAACAGCAUCCUCUUCACUUAUGUUGAGUCGAACCCUUUGCAUCGCCUGUUUAAACCACAUUAUGAGGGAAAUUACAAUGAAUGUUUGUUUUAGAAAAUGAAAUCUGUCAUUUUGGUGGGGAUUUGACUGUAAGAAACUGUUUUAUUGUUUUGAAUAAACUUGUAAUACUUCCA